CAAAUGUUAGUUUGAACCCAUUUAUUUAUUUCGUUUUCUAUUUGUUGUUUGUAGCUGCUUACGCUAGAGGGUUUCCCGAACAUUGUUAACGAUCACGUGAUCACUUUAAAAUACAAUUCACAAUUAAAGGAAACUCAAAGCAGCCUGACGCCAACGAAGAAGAAAGGCGUGUUUAAAUUAGCGUCUUCUGCUUAAUAAAGCUGUAUCUCCCUCAUUGAAUCGCUAUUUUUGCGCUGAUAACGACCCCCCGCAUCUGCCCACCCCUUCAGCAAACUCACCACCACGUUUUACGAUAACCCUAAUCAACUGCUCCUUGUAUCCUACCCUCUCCCAAAUAGAAGCGGAUUGUCAAAAUGUUGGUAUCCGUGGCCUUAAAGGCGAAACCCGCUGCUUAUGUUGCAAUUGCUUGUGCGGAAAAGCUGAAAAACAACGAUCCCAAGGCUGUGAAUGUUGCUUACGAGGAUGUUCCCCUUUUGGACAAGUCUAACAAGGAAUCUUCGGUCUCUUUCUCUGCUGCUGGCAGCGAGAAGCCUGUUUUUGGAGUGAAAGAACUUGUUCAGCACUUCAUGUCUACUUACCCUGAACUCUUUUUGGGAAAGCUUUCUGUCGCUGAUGCCGAAGAGUGGUUGAACUUGGCUGCCGAGUUGACAGGCACCCAUGAUUUCGCUACCGUCUCGAAGUUGCUUGCCAAAUUGGACGACCAUUUGAUUAUGCGUACCGUACUCUUGGGCUAUUUUGUCAGCAUUGCCGACUUUGCCGUUUGGGGUGCUCUCAAGAGCAACAACAUGGCUGCUGGCGCCGUUCGUACGGGUUCCUAUAACAACGUUGCUCGUUGGUACAAGUUCAUGGACGCCCAAAAGCCCACAAAGGGUGGUUUGGCCGACUUUACCAAGGCUGUUAACGCCAGCAAGAAGCAAAAAUCCUCUGGACCCAACUAUGAGAUUGGCCUUCCUGAUGCCGUUGACGGUAAGGUCGUCACUCGUUUCCCUCCUGAGCCUAGUGGAUACUUGCACAUUGGUCACGCUAAGGCCGCUCUUUUGAACCAAUACUUCGCUAAGAAGUAUCAUGGCAAGCUGAUCAUGCGUUUUGACGACACCAACCCCAGUAAGGAGAAGUCUGAGUAUCAAGAGUCUAUUGUCGAGGAUGUCGCUCUUCUUGGUAUCAAGCCUGAUGUUCUUACUUACACUUCCGACUACCUCGAUACUAUUUACCAAUACUGUAUUGAUGUCAUUAAGGCUGGUCACGCCUACGCUGACGAUACUCCUGUCGACCAAAUGCGUCAAGAGCGUACUGAUGGUGUUCCCAGCAAGCACAGAGAUCGUCCUGUUGAAGAGUCUUUGGCUAUCUUUGAAGAGAUGAACAAGGGUACUGAGACUGGUUUGAAGAACUGUAUCCGUGCUAAAAUUAGCGUUGACAGCCCUAACAAGGCCUUACGUGACCCUGUUAUUUACCGCUGUAACUUGCUUCCUCACCACCGCACUGGUGACAAGUAUAAGGCAUACCCCACUUACGAUUUUGCUUGCCCCAUUGUCGACUCUCUUGAGGGUGUUACGCAUGCUUUGCGUACGACCGAAUACCGCGAUAGAAACGCCCUUUACCAAUGGAUGUUAAAGACUAUGAACCUGCGUAAGGUUCACGUGUGGGAGUUCUCUCGUAUGAACUUCGUUCGCACUUUGCUCAGUAAGCGUAAGCUUACUGAGUUGGUCAACGCUGGUGUUGUUUGGGGUUGGGACGAUCCUCGUUUCCCUACUGUCCGUGGUGUUCGUAGACGUGGUAUGACCAUCGAGGCCCUUCAACAAUACAUUGUUUCCCAAGGUCCCAGUAAGAACAUUCUCACUCUGGAUUGGACUUCCUUCUGGGCCACCAACAAGAAGGUUAUUGACCCCGUUGCUCCUCGUUACGUUGCUGUUGCUUCCGACAAAGUGGUUAAGGCUACCAUCGUCAAUGGUCCCGCUGCUCCUUACGUCGAAAAGCAUCCUAAGCAUAAGAAGAAUGCAGCCUUGGGCGACAAGGAGAUCACUUACUCUAACACAAUCUUGUUUGACCAGGCUGAUGCUCAGUCUUUCAAGAAGGAUGAGGAGAUUACUCUUAUGGACUGGGGAAACGCUUACGUCCGUGACAUUGUCUACGAUGCUGACAAUAAGACUGUUGUUUCCUUGAAACUCGAACUUCACCUUGAAGGUGAUUUCAAAAAGACGGAGAAGAAGGUUACUUGGUUGGCUGAUGUUCCUUCUCUUCCCACUGUGGAUCUUGUUGACUUCGACUACCUUAUUACCAAGGACAAGCUUGAUGAAAACGAUAACUACAAGGAUUUCUUGACUCCUCAAACCGAGUUCCACACUAUUACCAAGGGUGCUGCCGACAUGAAGGAUCUCAAGAAGGGCGACAUCGUUCAGAUCGAAAGAAAGGGUUACUUCAUCGUCGACUCUGCUUUUGAUGGCGAGAAGGCUGUCCUUUUCAACAUUCCCGACGGAAAGACCGUCAACAGAUAUGGCGUUAAGCAGUAAGCGUGUCUGCCGAUACCAACUUUUUGAAGUCUAUGUACUUAUAUCCGUAGAAUAAUUACUUAAGAAUAUAACCAGUUCUUAC